GUUUCAAUCAAGUGGGACGUGCGCGCCUGUAGAUCAACUUGCACGUCAGCCCGUGUAUAGUUAGACACGCGUCAGCAAGCUCUCCAGCGUUUUCAAGUCACAACCCUGUAGCUACUCGUCGCGUCCGAAGGUCGGAGCGCCCUGCACUCGGUGUUCCACGCAGCCGACGGAGGGCGCAGCGGUCGCCUGGGAGCCCGUGCCGUGCUCGCCGCGGCCAGCCAGCUGCUCCAGGGAGACCUACCCCCGGCGCACGAGGACCUGCUGCUGGGACGGGCGGCGGAGAAGUCGGCGGCCAAGAACGGCGAGCUGAGCUUGGACGACUUCGUGCUCGUGAUGGCGGACGCCCUGACGGAGACCACGCACUGGGGCAGCCUGAAGACGGACGUGGCCGGCUACGUGGGCAUCGACACCCUCCAGGAGCAGAUACGCAAGAAGGUCCUCCGCCGAGGGUUCGAGUUCAACAUCGUCGUCGUCGGUAGGAGCGGCCUGGGAAAGUCAACGCUCAUAAACACCCUUUUCAAGGCCAACAUCAGCCGGAGGUCGUGUACGAAGAAAGGAUCUGAAACAGCGGACACAGUUCCCUACGUCAUUCCCAAGACAACCGAAGUCAAAUCAGUGAGCCACGUGAUCGAGGAGAAAGGCACACGGCUUCGGCUGACUGUCACGGACACACCGGGCUUUGGCGAUCAGAUCAACAACGAGAACUGCUGGCUGCCCAUUCUGGAGUACAUCAAUGAGCAGUACGAGAAGUACCUCAGUGAAGAGCAGAGUGUCACACGCAAGAAGCACAUCCCAGACACACGGGUCCACUGCUGCCUCUAUUUCGUGCCCCCUUCAGGACAUGCCCUGACACCUCUGGACAUCGAGUUCAUGAAGAGGCUUGACAAAUGCGUCAAUAUCGUUCCAGUCAUAGCUAAGGCUGACACGCUGACCCUCGAAGAGCGGAGCAGCUUCAAACAAAGGAUCCGAGAAGACCUGCACAAGAAUGGCAUCAGUGUGUAUCCCGUGCAAGAAUUUGAAGAUGACCCUGAGGAGACUGUUCUCAACAACAAGAUCAGGGCCUCCAUUCCGUUUGCUGUUGUGGGCAGCGACAAGCAGCACACAGUGAACGGUCGCACGGUCUACGGCCGGCAGACUCAGUGGGGUCUUGUGGAAGUGGAGAACAGACACCACUGCGAGUUUCCCGACCUCAGAGAUAUGCUCAUCAGGACUCACAUGCAAGAUCUCGUAGAAGUGACCAAGACAGUUCACUACGAGAACUUCCGCCACGAAAGGCUACAAGCGCGCCACGGCCACAUUAACGGACACGGCAUCAACAUCGUGAACCUGAACGAGAGUAGCCUGUGAGGUGGUGCCUCUGAUUGUCCGAUUCUUCCUCCGCCAACAUUUGCUUGCCUCUGACCCCCCAAGCAUGCUCCGGGUUUGUUUGCUUGUGGACACGCGAAGGCCACUUUCACAACUUCUUCCUCAUCUCUCAGGGGACAAACUCUUGUCAACAAAAGGUCAUGAAAUUGUGACAUCUCCUGCAUUCUGUGCUAAGCACUCUGCUAUGAAAUUUGGCAGCAUCUUGUGGUGCGACACGUUUCAGUUUGGCAGUGGGAGCAAGGCACGAAAUCACGACAAGGCAAGAGUUUGACGAGUGUAUUAAGCAUGAAGCAGGUACCUGUUCAGAUGAAAUGAAGCAAUAAUGAAAAGUGGACGCACAUGCAUACAAGCAAAAAUAAUAUAAACUCGUCUUAACUGGGUGCGGCGGAAAAAGAAGGCCACUUCUCUCUGACUUAUAUUGAUUAUUAAAAUCACACAUAUCACGGCUAAGCUUUCUGCAUCUACGCCAGUUUGCGGAAAUUCCUCAAAACUCUUUGUAGGGUCACAGCAAUUGUGUCAUUUAUGUGAUGGUGUGAAGGAAAUGUGAUCGUGGAUGUCAUUUCUGUGUGCUAGCUAGGUGAAGCUAUAUAGGAACCAAUGUGUCACCCUGUGAAGCGUACUGUUCUCUGUUUGUAUCUUUCUUCCAGUGGCGUAAGCUUAAACCUUGGAGGUUUUAACAUUUUUAGAGUUGUGUCUGUACUGCAGUGCCUGUGUGGAAGCUGCUGUCAAAACUUGCAAGAUCUCAGUGAAAACAGGAAACUGAAAUUUUUAACCCAGCAUUUCUUCAGCGUGCUUCCACUUGACACUUCAUUGAGCGUUACUGAAACACAAUGCUUACUUUAUGCAAGAGGUGGCAUUGCAGUAGGCAUGGCAGAGUUUAAGAAACGCGUCGAGUCAAAGCUCAUUUGUGAAUGCUAGGGUUGUUUUCACCUACUGUCUCCACUGCCAUGUUGAAUAGCCAACCGCAUUGCCAUGUCCACGAACUGGACAGCUUCUCUCUCUCUUUUUUUUUUUUACAUUGCAAGCUGUUUUUAUGUGUCGUGGCAAGAAUUGCAGAUGGAGCAAUUGUUGGUUCACGACAAAUGUGGCCUGUGCUGUGCCAAAAAAAAAAAUGCAGCACUUUGCCGAACUUUUGUGCUCACAUGUUUGGUGAAAACCAGAAGUGCUUAAUGAUGUUUGCAGGUGAAAAUGGUUGCCAAGCUCCCGUUCGCCUCGCGAGAAAAAAAAUGACGAGUUUGCUCCAUCACUGAAUAAAUCCCACGGGUGGCCGCUGAGGCUGCCUGUUGUGGUGACAGUCUGUGCUCAAGUAAACCGUGCGUCUUCUAGUCAUAGCUUAGAUGUCACAAGAUGUGACACGUGGAGUCACUAUCUGUCAAUGUUCAGUCUUCAAAACAGGCUCAGCCCUGUUCUAGCACAUUUGAGAACUGUGAAAUGUGAUCUACCAGUGCUGACACGAUGCUAGCUGUCACACUUUUGCUACAGCUACGGAGAAUGUCGAGUCACAAGAUACGGAGUGAUGCGCCGAAGAUCAGACUACCAGAUUUGCAGAUUGUAUGAGCAAGCAUUUCACAGGGGGAAAAAAAAAAGAAAUUCAUAGUUCGAAGAACAUUGUGGGGAACAUGUGUAAUGCAAAUUAUGUGCAUCUUGCAAAUUCCUCAAUAUACGGCCACCUUUUAAAACACCUCUUCUUGCACACAGUCACCCUUGCUGCCAUCUAUACUGCAACUGCUGCUUUCUUUUCUACCAAGUGAUGUAUAUAGACAACUUUAAUUUGGUUUGUGGUUGGUGCUUCAAGUCUUUAACUUUCUCGGUCUUUUUAUGUGCAGCAUUUUCUUAUUGUUGAGCAUGCUUAGCCUCAAGUCAACACAGUUGUUCAAGUGAAAUACAAACAGGGUGAUUCCAAAACAUACAGCGACCUACACAUCUGCUGUAGCAAAUUAAAAAGAAUGUCUCUCAUUUGCAGCCACCUUUGUCACUGGGCAAAUUUUAAACCAAAGUCACAUCUUUUUUAGGCUGCAGUGUUCAAUAAGAUGCUUGGCACUUGCCUGAUUUCAGUGGCAGAGAAUUUGGAAGCUGCCAUCGUCUGCACCUUUUGUCAGGGCAGAAGCGAGUAGCUGUACAAGUAGUGGACUGUGUGCCUAUCAGCAGCUAAACAAAACAGUGCGGAUAGUGGCAGCAGUGGGAAUUGCUCUAAAGAAUGCAUAGUUGAUUGUAAAAGCCUGUCUCGCCUUCCCACUUUGGUGUUUCAAGGCACUUUUGUCUGGUUGACACAGAGCGGGGCCGCUAUUUUGUUCACUUUUCAAGUUCACAAGUGGCCAAAGUGAUGGUCACCUCGGUUGGAGCAUUGCACACCACCACUUGCGAAUAUGAAAAGCACGAAAGAGCAUCAGCAUCGAAAAAAGGCAUCACCACAAGAUAGCGGCCCAGCUCAGCCCACACGGCCAUUCCUUCAUAGCUACUAUCCUUGCUGCAUUCUUUGCCGCCGAGUGGCAACACCAGUUCAUUCCCCUGCAGCAGUUUGCUUCUCUGAUCACAAUGAGCAUGGAUGACAGCAGCUUGCAAUUUUUUAAAGUUUCUGGACGAGCCAGAAACAAAAAUGGCUACUUUGGGUAGCGCAGUGCAAAACUGACACCAACAAUUGUCCGUGUCAUUUUUGCGCCGUGUUACUUAGGAUGAAGUGACACCAAUGUAAGUUCUGUUAACAGUGCCAAGUUUCUCGGGAACAAUGAACUAAAUGUGUCGCACUAUAGAUAUAGUAGUUGCAUACAGUGCACAAAAAAAAAAGAUCUGUUAAUAGGUCUCAGAAGCUGGAGUUAGUUUCCUCUUGUGAAUAAAUGGCAGUUCCCCACACGACAAAUUUCAAACCAAUUGCGCUGUUGUGGUGAUAUACCUGAAACACAGAUCCCCAGACCUUUCUGUCACCGUCCGAGUUAUAUCACCUGGUUUUCAUUUGCACAUGACUGUGCGACCGUCUCACUAUUUCUGCAGAGACCCCACAUUCUGUUUCACAGUAGUUCAUCUGGCACUGGAGUUGAAGCUACAAGGUGUGCUCCGUCACUCAAGGCUGAGCAGACCACGCGCUGACGUUGAGAGACAAAGAAAGUGCUUGUUAAAGGUUCAGAUUGUCGAUUAAACUAAGCCGCAUUAGGCUAGAUCAGUACCUAGGAAGAUUGACUACAAGGGAUUGCCGGAUCCUGAUAAAACAGACUCUCAGGCUAGUUGAUUCAUGAGCAACAACUUGCAGUGUGCAACAAUGGAACUUGAGAGUGCACAUACAAACAGUGCAAAAUUGACAUAUGUGCCAGUUGGAACUGCUUGUAGACGUCUGUGUCGAUUCAUUCCAUAGUUGCACACUGCAAGCUCUAUCGAACGCCGAUAGCUUCCGUUCUGCGGUUUGAGAGGUUAGGCGCAUUAUACAUAGAUGCGUGCUUAAGGACAACGUAGACAAGGAACGAAAAACGACAAGACAAACGCCGGCUAAUGCUAAGUCCAGAAUAAAUUUUACUGGCUUCUUUUGUUCAUCUUGUGUCCAUGUUUUAUAUGUCUGACCAUAUAGGAGGCUAUGGCCCGACCUUUCAAACCAUUCAUUCAUACCAACUUGCUCAGCCUUUCUGUCAUUCUAAGCUAGUUAAGCGUCACACCUGAAUGAGACAGUCAAGUGUCUGCAGCACAAGACAUGUCACACUGUAGAUAUAUGCAUUUGCAUGAUUGUGCUUGUGAUUGACUGGCGUCAGCUGCAGCUUGGAUUCCAGUGCUACAUUACUGUCAAACAAAGCAGAAGCACAGUAUGGUCAUGGUAUGAUCACGUUGACCCCCGUGUUAACCAUUUGGCGUGGACGUAUUUCCGACAGUCAUAAAUCUGCCUCAUGCUAUUUCUUUUCCCGUCCCCCCGUGUCGCAUGUUUGUAGUGUUUGUCUCUCUUCUCUGCACCCCAUCCCUUUCACGCUGAUAAAAUGAAUCAAGAAACGCAAGUUAAUACUUCCAAGGCAUUGUUGUCAUGAAAUUUCUUUAUGAAGCGACAUUUAAAGGAAUACUAAAGGUAACUAUAAAGUCAAGCUAGAGUAGUAGAUUACAGCUAUGAACGACUAUCAGCGCUUGUUAUGUGCCAGGACAUUACUCUGGCUAUGCAAAAACUGCGAUUAAAGACAUGCGUAUUUCUCUCACUUACCUGAGAAAACAGGAGCAACAUCAUACAAGUGUCAGCACAGAAAUCUCGAGAGGUUAUGCUCUGCCGAGAACUGCUGCCCUCAGCGAGUCAGACGGUAGCACAUUCCCAGAUGGCACUGAUGAAGCUCUGCAGGUUCUCGCUUUGCAAAAAUUCAACAAAAUUGGACAAACUGCAUCAUCUUUUAUGUUCAAAUGGAAGAUGUCAUCUUAUUCAUUUUGCCAAUUUUUAUUUGCUCACAGACAAAUCGCUAUCUUGAAGGUUUGUGCCAAUGGGAGUUGGACCUGCUGGCACCACUAGAUUCUCAGAUGUAUGUCGCUUUGUCAUUCACGACGGCUCUGUUCUCAGCAAGAAUGGCAUGCUGAUAAUUCUUGUAGGAAAGUAAUAAAUUGCUGCCUUUACUGUUUCUUUAAUUAUGUGGUCUUCCAAAGGGAAUGAGAGCAUCAUUUAGUAACUGCUGCAAUUUGAAGCAGUAUAAUGGCCACGACUGGUGGGCCUGCCACGUACAGCAGUGUUUUAACACAAUUGUGUUGCUUGAAAACCAUUGAAUGACAUUACAGAAACAACACAGCUAUAUUUUUAGUAGGAACGAGUCUUUGAAGAGGUCUUAUUUUUAUGCAGCAUGUAUGUGUGUAUGUGUGUGAGGGUGCUGAAAAGAUGUCUAAUAAAAUAAUCUGCAAAGUAUCUU